AUGGCUGAUCGCGAACUUAUUGAAAUGGAAGGUACAGUAAUUGAAUCCCUUCCUAAUGCAAUGUUUCAAGUUGAACUUGAAAAUGGAUUCCAAGUACUUGCUCAUAUUUCGGGAAAAAUUCGUCGAAAUUCUAUUAAAAUCCUUUUAGGAGAUCGUGUUGUUGUGGAACUCACACCAUAUGAUUUAACAAAAGGGCGUAUUACAUAUCGUUUACGUAAUAAAGAAAAAGGACCUGGGACUUCGAAAGUCACAUAA